AUGGAAGAAGUUGAUAGAAUUUUAAUACAAAGUUUACGUGAUAUUGGAUGUCAAGUAGACGAUUCCCUUCAAAAUAUCAGUGAAUUCGAUGUGAAUACUCUUUUUGGUUGUGUUUCACAAUGUCUUCAAUUAAUUACGGGUAAUAAAGAUUUACCGACACGUUUACCACCAAAUAUUUCAACACGAUUUAAAGUUUGUGGUGAAUUGGCACAACUUUGUCAGUCUAAUGGUUAUAGAGGUGAUAUUGGUUAUCAAACAUUUUUAAGCAUAAAUGAACAUGAAACAAGAAAACUACUUAAUUUUCUUAUUGAAAAAGUACCAAGAGAAGCUGCUGUUACUGUUGCAUCGACAACACUUGAUCCUUGGGAUGCUCUUGAUCGAAUUCUAUCACAUAAAGUUACAACACAAUUAGCUGAAUCAACAUGGAUAUCACAUGAUCUUGUUAUUGAUCUUUGUUACAUUCCAUUUCAUCAUCCAGCUGCAUCAUUUGCUCAUAAAUCAGGUUUUACACCAACAAAAUGUUCUCAAGUAUUACCUCUUCAUAUUCCUCCAAUUAAUGGCAAGAAUAAAUUAUCAACAAAUUCAAGUUCAUAUGUUUUUGAACAAGUUGAUUUUCGAAAUUUAGCUGAUUCAUUAAUGUAUGAAAAUCAAGUAUCUUGUUGGAUAGAAAAACAACGAGAAUCGAGUUAUUUGAUUCCAGGUCAAUUGAUUACACAUAAAUUUUCUAAAGAAAUUUGUCAACAAAUUCAUGAAGGUGAUACAAUUGGUGCAAAAUAUGAAUAUAUAAAUCGUGGUGAUAGGAAAAAGAAUAUUGAUGAUUCAUUAUUAACACGAUCACGUUUUAUGCAUACAAAUAUUCAUGAACAACAAUCAAAUGGUUUAGAUGAAAAUUUAAAACGAAAUAUUGAUCAUACAGAAGAAUUAGAACAAUUAAAAACUUCUAUUAAUGAAAAUGAAGAACUUAUUCGUCAACUUGAAUUACAAUUACAAAAAUUAGAAGAAAGUAUUAAAAAAUAUGAACGAUUUUCUGAUGAAACAAAAACAGAAAUUGAUAAUAUAAAUAAAGAUAUGACAGUAAAAAAACAAGCAGCUGCUUAUUUAUUAUCAGUUGAUCCAGAAACAGAACGUUUACAGAAUGCUAUUGAUAAAUUAAAAAAUAAAUUAAUUACACUUGAAACUCAAUGGACAGAUGUUCGUUCAAGUCUUAUUGAACAACGUGAUAAUCUUCUUCAAGCACUUAAUGAUCGUUUAACAAAAUUUAAUGAUAAACUAUCAGAAAUAAAUGAUAUGAAAGCUAAAGGACGUUUAUUAUUAAAUGAUAUUAAAGAAAAAGAUGAACAAUUAGUUCGUCUUCAACAUGAUUAUGAAACACAUAAAUCAUCUAUGUCAAAAAAUGAUCAUUCAAGAUCAUUUUUUACAAAACAAAUACUUGAAAUUGUUACUAAUACAAAUAAACAAAAAGAAGAAAUAAAUAAAACUAUUAUUGAAACACGUGUUUUACAAAAAGAUUUAAAUCGACUUACAGAAAAACUUGAACGAACAUUUCAAGUAACUGAUAGUCAAUUAUUUAAAGAUGCAAAAACAGAUGAAUGUGCUCGACGUUCAUAUAAAAUGUUAGUUGCUUUUCAUUCUGAUUGUGAUAAUAUUUAUAAAAUUGUCGAAGAUAUUGGCGUUAUUAUACGAGAAAUUCGAGAAUUAGAAGAUCAAAUUGAAGUUGAAUCACAAAAAAAUAUGACUACAAAUUUAGAAACAUUAAUUGGUGAAUAUAAAAAAAUUCGAGAUGAAAAUACAGCAUUAAAAGGUGGAAAAAAAUAA